AUGUUCAAGCUGUUCGUUCUGCUGUCGAUGUGCGUCGCCUUCUCUUUGGCCGCACCUGGUCUGCUGCACUCAUCCCCCAUCUUGACAAGCGGCUCGAUUCUCAGCGUGCCCAGCGUUCGCGUUGUGCAACCAAUCCUGACCACUACCAGCGUUGUGCGGCCCGUCAUUCAUGGCGGAUUGGGCCUUAACGGCGGAUUGGGCCUUCAUGGCUAUGGCUGGAUCUGA